UCUCUCUCUCUCUCUCUCAUCCUCUGAAAUCUCUCCCCGAUAUUUAAUCAACCCUACCCCCUCCCUCACUCUCUCUAGUUUCUCUCUCUAGCUCUCUCUCUCUCCGCGUGAUUCAGAUCUCCGUCUAAUCUUGUCGCCGCAUCUCGCCGCCGGCGGAGCAGCUCCGAUCUUCAUCCAUGGCUUGCGAGAAUCCGUUCAAGAGCAUUCUGAAGACGCUCGAGAGGCCCGGAGGCGGCGAGUUCGGGACCUACUUCUCUCUCCCGGCCCUCGGCGAUUCCCGGAUUGAUAGGCUGCCGUACUCUAUUGGGAUUCUUCUGGAGUCCGCCAUUCGGAACUGCGACGAGUUCCAGGUCAAGAGCAAGGAUGUCGAGAAGAUCAUCGACUGGGAAAACACUUCUCCUAGACAAGUCGAGAUCCCAUUUAAGCCGGCUAGAGUGUUGCUGCAGGAUUUUACUGGGGUGCCUGCUGUUGUUGAUCUUGCUUGCAUGCGUGAUGCGAUGAAUAGCCUUGGGGGAGAUCCGAAUAAAAUCAACCCACUGGUUCCAGUGGAUCUUGUUAUCGACCACUCCGUUCAGGUUGAUGUGGCAAGGUCUGAAAAUGCUGUCCAGGCUAAUAUGGAACUUGAGUUUCAUCGGAACAAGGAGAGAUUUGGCUUUCUCAAGUGGGGUUCAACUGCAUUUCAUAAUAUGCUUGUUGUUCCGCCUGGAUCGGGGAUUGUCCACCAGGUUAAUUUAGAAUAUCUUGGCAGAGUGGUCUUCAACACAAACGGCUUGCUUUACCCUGAUAGUGUUGUUGGUACUGAUUCACAUACAACUAUGAUAGAUGGAUUAGGAGUUGCUGGCUGGGGAGUUGGAGGAAUAGAAGCAGAAGCUGCAAUGCUUGGCCAGCCGAUGAGCAUGGUCCUUCCUGGUGUGGUUGGGUUUAAAUUAAUUGGGAAGCUGAAAGAUGGGGUAACAGCAACUGAUCUGGUCUUGACCGUAACACAAAUGCUGAGGAAGCAUGGCGUUGUGGGCAAAUUUGUUGAGUUUUAUGGGGAAGGAAUGAGCGAAUUGUCAUUGGCAGAUCGUGCCACCAUCGCUAACAUGUCACCCGAAUAUGGUGCCACCAUGGGCUUUUUCCCUGUUGAUCAUGUCACUCUGCAGUAUCUUAAAUUGACAGGCAGAAGUGAGGAAACCGUUGCCAUGAUAGAAUCUUACUUGCGGGCAAACAAGAUGUUUGUGGAUUACAAUGAGCCCCAAGUGGAGAGAACAUAUUCCUCUUAUCUGGAACUGGAUCUUAAGGAUGUGGAACCAUGUAUUUCGGGUCCCAAAAGGCCACACGAUCGAGUCCCACUGAAAGAAAUGAAAGCUGAUUGGCAUGCAUGCUUGGAUAAUAGAGUUGGAUUUAAGGGUUUUGCUGUGCCAAAGGAAUCACAGGGAAAGGUUGUAGAGUUCACAUUUCAUGGGACUCCAGCUCAGCUUCGGCAUGGGGAUGUUGUUAUAGCAGCUAUCACUAGCUGCACAAAUACUUCAAAUCCUAGUGUAAUGCUUGGUGCUGCUUUGGUAGCAAGGAAGGCUUGUGAAUUAGGAUUGGAGGUAAAACCAUGGAUUAAGACAAGUCUUGCUCCGGGCUCUGGGGUUGUGACCAAAUAUUUGCAGAAAAGUGGCUUGCAGACAUAUUUGAACCAAUUAGGAUUCAAUAUUGUUGGCUAUGGAUGCACUACAUGCAUUGGAAACUCAGGGGAUAUUGAUGAAUCAGUAGCAUCAGCUAUUACUGAAAAUGAUCUUGUAGCUGCAGCUGUAUUGUCUGGAAACAGAAAUUUUGAAGGACGUGUUCACCCCCUAACUAGGGCUAACUAUCUGGCUUCUCCUCCUCUUGUGGUUGCCUAUGCUCUUGCUGGCACGGUAUGUAACAUGCAGUUGUAUUUGCAGUUGUUGGUUCUUUAUUAGCGAUCUACUCCAACC